AUGUCUGUAUCUGUGAGUGCUAAAAUCGUACAGACAACGAUACAGUCAAUCAUACGGUCUCAGCUCGAGCGUUCAUCCAUGGCCAGCGGCUCCUUUGUAUACGAAAACCGUACAGUGUGGGAUGUGGAAGACUCCUGGAAUCUUCUGACCUGGCAGGAUUUCGAUGACAACGGGCCUCAGUUGCCACAGGCCGCCUUGGCGGUAGACCAGGGCUCGUCGGUGACGCAGUCUGGACAGCUUCCAUCACCCUCGAAUCAUCCCACAUAUUUAAAAGAUUCUCAGAGGACUCUCUCUCCGAGCAACUACAGUAUCCCCCACCCCGUCGCUCUCCUCAGUAAUGAUCCUGGUAAUAACCACAAUGACGCAAGUAUUUUAUGCAAUUCGGAAACUCUUCAGGAACCGCGUCGACAUGUGUCCGUUGCUAUCGAUAAAUCAAAACGUUGUCUUCCGCUUCCAGAUACCAUUCUGGCAAACGAUGCCUACAGGUCGACUACCAAACAGAACAAGAAACUCACCAAGACGAUCACGCAUCUGAAACAGAGGAGGGAAUACUUAGAAUGUUUGGAGGAGUAUAGUCUGUACUGUUACAAAAAAUUGAUACUCAUUGGCACUCAACCUGCACCUAUUGAACGGUCUGAAGAAGAAACAUAUAUGAGCACUCUUUCUCUCCGGUCUAUACUCGUAUUCAUGAAAAAUAGGAUGGUUCGAAUGAGUGCACAGAUACGGACUGAAGAGGAGCGGUUCCAUGAGCUCCAAGAACGGUUUCACAGCUUCCAGGAUGUUUGCCUUCGUGCACAAGGGAUGUUGUCUAUCGAAGAUUGUCGCAAGGUCUUGAAGGCACAAGGACGCGUUUACAUCGGCGGCGGAGGCUCCAAAGUAUGGCCACAAGGUAUGCUUGUCAAGGAUAUGGUAGAUGGAUUCGAAUUGGUCCAAGGAGACUUCUGGAAACCACUUGGGAAACAACAGCGCAUUUCCGAGGUGUUUCGUGGGUCAACAGUACCAUUUCGAGAAUACCAGGAGCAGGAAAAAGUGUGGUUAUUGAUGGUAAAUCGUGAGCGCGAUGCUGCACAAAGAGAGUUGGCCAAUGUCAUAUGGACAGAGAUAAUUCGGGGAGGAACACAAAAUAAUCCUCCGGUAUCCUAG